UAGGGCUGCCGGGAAGUCGGGCGAAAGUGGCGGAAAGAGAAAACGAGCGCAGGGUUUUCUGGGACAUGUAGUUGUGGAACUCUCGAGGCUCUACCUGGAAGGGAGCCCAUACUUCUUCAGGUCUGCACGUCCCGCAUUCACUCUCCAGUGCUACUUUGGGCUCCGAAUUCAGCUUCGCGCUGCCAGGAGGGAAAUGGCCCGGCGUCGGCUUCUCGCUCCCACAAGGCUCUGCGGAGCCCGCGGCGCCUGCUGGGAGCUGUAGUCCUCGCUCUGCGUACUGCGUUCGCCGAGGACGAGGGCGGAGCUGCCGGCGGCCCGGGCGGGCUGGCAGCUAGAGUGGGUGCGAGUACCGCCUCCGCCUCUGCCGCCUCCGCCGUCGCCUCCUCCGCCCGGGCGGUUCGCUGCUGCGCCGGGAGAGCGAGGCGGGGCCGCCGGGGCCGCCAUGGAGCCCGACUCGGUGAUUGAGGACAAGACCAUCGAGCUCAUGUUACCGAAGUGCAUGUUUGGGAUUUUGUUGAAGAAAGCUGGAUUCGGUAGACGGAAAGCCCCCGGGAAGCUGCUUGACCGCUGCCUUCUCUCAGACUAGUCUGAGAGGGAGCCCCCACUCGGGAUUGGUGGACCUGAAGUGCAGAGUGUCUCCCAGAACACUUCAGUUAUGGAGGAUCAAAAUGAAGAUGAGUCCCCCAAGAAAAAUACUCUUUGGCAGAUAAGUAAUGGAACAUCAUCUGUGAUCGUCUCCAGAAAGAGGCCGUCAGAAGGAAACUAUCAAAAAGAAAAGGACUUGUGUAUUAAAUAUUUCGACCAGUGGUCCGAGUCCGAUCAGGUGGAGUUCGUGGAGCACCUCAUUUCCCGGAUGUGUCACUACCAGCAUGGACACAUUAACUCCUACCUGAAGCCCAUGUUGCAGCGGGACUUCAUUACUGCCUUACCAGAGCAAGGCCUAGAUCACAUAGCAGAGAACAUUCUUUCCUACCUGGACGCCAGGUCUCUGUGUGCGGCGGAGCUGGUGUGCAAAGAAUGGCAGCGAGUGAUCUCCGAAGGGAUGCUGUGGAAGAAGCUGAUCGAGCGGAUGGUGCGCACGGACCCCCUGUGGAAGGGGCUUUCGGAAAGAAGAGGGUGGGACCAGUACCUGUUUAAGAACAGACCUACAGACGGCCCUCCCAAUUCGUUUUAUAGGUCGUUAUACCCAAAGAUCAUCCAGGAUAUAGAGACCAUAGAAUCUAACUGGCGGUGCGGGCGGCACAACUUGCAGCGGAUCCAGUGCCGCUCGGAGAACAGCAAAGGCGUCUACUGUCUGCAGUACGACGACGAGAAGAUCAUCAGCGGGCUGCGGGACAACUCCAUCAAGAUUUGGGACAAAAGCAGCUUGGAGUGUUUGAAAGUGUUAACAGGGCACACCGGCUCUGUCCUCUGUCUCCAGUAUGACGAGCGUGUCAUUGUGACUGGCUCUUCAGACUCCACAGUGAGAGUCUGGGAUGUGAACACGGGCGAGGUCCUGAACACGCUGAUCCACCACAACGAGGCCGUCCUGCACCUGCGCUUCAGCAACGGCCUGAUGGUGACCUGUUCCAAGGACCGCUCCAUUGCCGUGUGGGACAUGGCUUCCGCCACCGACAUCACUUUGCGGCGCGUCUUGGUCGGCCACCGUGCUGCUGUCAACGUGGUAGACUUUGAUGACAAGUACAUCGUGUCUGCCUCUGGUGACAGGACCAUCAAGGUCUGGAGCACGAGCACCUGCGAGUUCGUCCGCACUCUGAACGGGCACAAGCGAGGCAUUGCCUGCCUGCAGUACCGGGACCGGCUGGUCGUCAGUGGGUCGUCGGACAACACCAUCAGGCUCUGGGACAUUGAAUGUGGCGCCUGUUUGAGGGUCCUCGAGGGGCACGAGGAGCUGGUGCGGUGCAUCCGCUUUGACAACAAGAGGAUCGUCAGUGGGGCCUACGACGGGAAAAUUAAGGUUUGGGACCUGCAAGCUGCUCUCGACCCCCGCGCCCCGGCAAGCACGCUGUGUCUGCGCACACUGGUGGAACAUUCUGGACGUGUGUUCCGGCUACAGUUUGAUGAAUUUCAGAUCAUCAGCAGCUCUCACGAUGACACUAUUUUGAUUUGGGAUUUCUUAAACGUGCCUCCCAGCGCCCAGAGUGAGACCCGCUCGCCCUCCAGAACGUACACGUACAUCUCCAGAUAACAGUCUGCGCCCCACCCGCUCCAGGGUCUCCUAGUCUUGAACUACUGGCUACAUGGCUACCAAACGCCUGCGGGAGUUCUUCACGGCUGAGGCGCGAAGCCGGAGCUGGUUCUAGACGCUGGGUAGAUGCAAAGCAGCUCACUCUUCAAGCACCGACCUUUCCCACCUCCGACUCCGGCCUCCAGCUCGGGAAGGACCCCUUAGCCUCACCGACUUCAAGCAGGACAGCAGCCCACCCUCCCCCGUCCGUGAAACAAACUGAACGCUUCCCUGUAACUGGUCCGUGUGAGCGGAACACGCAGCCUGUUCUCCGGAAGUAAAUUGACGGUCAGGAGAAGACUUGGCCUCUAAUUUAUGUUGCUUUGCACUUUGAUCUGAUACUGAGAAACAGCAUCCUUUGGUGAAGUUUUGGGUGCCAAACACCUCCCCAGAAUGCCCAGGGCUUUCCUGUGCAGGAGUCCCUCCGACCUUCCACGUCACUCCGCAUUGACUCGUGGGGGGACGCGCGGACUGGGGGGAGUUCCUCUGGGUUGUGUUCGUGACAUUUUGGGGUUACACUUCCUUCCCGUACCAUUUCUCUUAAUUUAAAGGACUGUAAGCCAGGUUGUAUUACCUCCCAACCUGUAACAUAGCUCUUUCUUUCGUUAACCGUGCUCUGUGCCCCAGCCACCUCCCGGUAUUCGGUGGAGUAACACCUUUACACAUGUGCUCGCCUCCUAAUUUAAAUCCCGUAUCUGCAUGUAGAUAAAAUGUACAUAACAGUUUAACCUCAAGGUGGCUGGAGCCAGGGCCCCGUGCCUGAGACACUAAUUCGGAGUGUGUGCGCACGCAGCCGGGGGCCGGGCUGCUCUGGGUUGCCUAGGAACCCUCCCUGCAGUGUUCAUACGGUGUUUUCUCUCGUCAUUGUCACGGUGUGGGUGCGGUGUGUGUUUUUACUGGGAACCCUAUUUUCCGGUGUAACUUCUGAACUCCGACACGGACCGUUGUACUCGUUGUGCAGGACGUACAGCAGAGGCACCUGAACGUCACUUUUGUUUCCUCAGACGCACUCCCGAGCCCUAGCGGUCACGUCCCACAGUGUUCGUUUGACUUCACGGUCCACACCAUCCCUCUGAGCGCUAGUGACCCCGGGAGGGGAGGACAGGGAGGCCCGUGCGCACCGGCCUCACCGGCCUUUGGGCCGGCCCUGCCCCCGAGUGGCAGCCCAGGUGCCAGGUGAGGCUCAGGGGCACGUCCUGAGUGGAAGGGUCUCCCGCACGGUGUGAAGCCUCAGACUGACAGCUCCCAUCCCCGUCAUCCCUGGUGUCCCUUGCUGCUGUGGGCCCGGCAGGUCCUCAGCGCUCCGGAGGCUCUGCAGCCUGAGUGUGUGGGCGGCGCUGCCGCGCUGACCACGCGUGGGAAGGGCCUGGGCAGCAGCCGGCGCCCCCUUCCCUCGCCCGGUAUCAGGUGUUGAUUCGCCCCUCGCCAUUGUUUCCAAAGAUCAUGGGUGUCGGUGACGUGUUAAAGGACCAAUGCGAACCUCCUGUCAGUGCGCCUCUUCCCCUGGAAGGUCACUCCGCUGCCGCAGGCAGGCUCCCGGCUCACCCCGGGGCCUGGCGCUGUGCACGGGUGUGUGCGUGCGCGUGCGCGUGCGUGUGCGUGUGUGUGUGUGUGUGUGUGAGAGAUCUGUUUAUCGGGUUGGCUUUGCUUUUCCCUUUUCUGAAUACAUCCUUCCCUCCCACGUGACUGAAUUUCUGUUUGUGAGAAAUUGAGCCUCACAGUGUAAAAAGCUAGGCCUCCAUUCGUAAGGUGGGUGCUGUAAGCUUGGCAGCGGCCGUGGAAGUGACGUGACUUUCCACCGCCCGUCACCUUACAGCUGUCCCUGCGGACCAGCGAGGAGAGCCCGGGGGCGGGCGGGGGGAGGCCGUUCUGGACGAGUGGGCUUUCCGUUGUUGUUUUUGCAUGUUCAAUAUAAAAGUUCUCAUUCCUUGGGAGAUCAUGGCCUACGAAUGUGCACACACCCUUUGAAUCGUGCCUACUGAAACUAUAGCAGGGGCUUCAGCACCCAAGGAAUUCCGACCUUCUGGGAUCAUAGUGGAAAUUCCCAGCCGUACUCUGGGCUUUAUUUUGCUAACCCGUAAUGAGCAAGUGUAAAUUACUGCUACAUUAAUGUUUUAAAGCACUGGGGUAGUCUGAUUCUAACUUGUAAUUAAUUAUGUUUGCCAAUUAUCUGUUUGAAAUAAAUUUGUGUCUGAACAGCUAUUGAAGCUGUUAAAUUGUACAGAUAUUAUUCAUGACAGCUUUGUACUGUGGAAUGUGCUUAAUAAAAAACAAAAAGUUGACCUUUGUCCAAUAAAUUGCUAAGUAAUGUCAAUAAAUCAAGUAUGAGUAUCAUGCAGUACAUCUAAUCUGGCUUCGUGCAAUUGUUACUUCAGCUACUAAUCCAACGCCAAUACUCUUUAAAUAAAGUGUUGCAAUACUCCU